AUGCUUUGUGAUGUUUCGAAAGAACAUCAUGAGCUUAUUUCAAAACAGCUGGAGGAAACGAAAGUAUUUUUACAAACUCAAAUAACAGAUAUUCGAAUGUUAUUGAACUCUAAAGUUAAGAAGUUUGAUGAGAAUUCUACAACCCUUCAUAAGAAGGUGGAUGUGGAAGCUGAAGCAAGUACCAGAUUGAUUAAAGACAUUUCUUCUUUAAACAAGAGUCAUAUGGUUGGUCUUCAAGACAAGAAGAAGGGGGAUGAUCAAGUUUAUACAAGCGUUGAAGAAUUCUUGAUCGAAAUCAAAACUCUGAUUUCGGAAGAAUCAACAAUUUCGCUAGAAUCUCUAUCACAAAUGGUUUCGAACAUCAAGUUGAACAUUAAAAUGGAGCUCGCUUCAAUGUACACAUACUUGAUAUGA